AUGGAAAAACCACUUGAAAUCGUCAUUGUAAGUGUUCGGCUCUUUGACCUGUCACUAAAUACACAUUUUAGGGAUCAGUUUUAAUAUCAUAUAGAUUGGCGGCUCGUUAGCAAUGUCCGAAUCCUAGAGCAAUACCCUACCUCGAUUCGCGAGGGUCAAGCUGCUGGAAUGAGUACAGGAAUUCAUGGACAAAGGUUCCUCCAGACCCAUGAUCUACUGGUGGGGAGGCCUCAUUUCGUUACCGCAUCCUACCUACGGGUCUUCGAUGUAGAUCUCAACCAGACGGAAGAGCGAAAAGUGCCUUUCAAGCUGACGAAUUGGAAAACAUUUUAUUAUCGCCUUCGGGCCAACUUUGACGGGUUAAGAAGCGAGUACGUGCCCGAGCCUCCAUUUAGGGCUCCCACGGAUGGCCAGGCAAUAUAUGAUGUUGGCAAGAAGGUUAUAGAGGUCAAGCACUGCGAUGAGUCUGGUUUAACAAUCACAUUCCAAGAUUUCGGGGGUCAUUCUUCAGAGACACUUCAUCCUGAUCUCAUUUUAGCUGCGAACGGAGCAAAUUCCACGAUCCACAAACUUAUUUUUCCAGACCUCGAAGCGCCCUAUGCUGGAUGCUUGACAUGGCGUGGCGUUGUGAUUGAGAAUCAUCUAUCCGAUGAGACGAGGGUAUUCUUUCACGAUCAUUGCAUCCGAUACAAAGUCAAAAAGGGGUAUUUGGUAGUGUAUGCGCUGCACAAUCUUGGCCCGAUAGUUUGA